AUGCCAGCAGCCCCUACCGAAUUAGACAUUAUCGACUCGCAAGUAUCGCCUCAAGUUCGUGCCGCUUACAAUUUAAAACUUGCACAAUUUCAACACAGUGCCAAAUCGUACUGGCAAUUCUCCAUUGUCCCCAACAAGUUUGUCCAAUCGUUAAAAGACACAAACGACACCACAUUUAACUACCUUGACGAACAUUUUGGUAAAAUUGGUGAAUGGGAUGACUUGGUGGGAGAGCUACGUCAAUUGAAUCAAGAAGCCGAUGACGAAACGCAGUACAAGAUUUUAUUUUUGGCGCGUCAUUACACGGGAUAUCACAAUGUGGCCCAUGCCAAGUAUGGAGACGAUGCAUGGAACAACCACUGGUCGAAAUUGAAUGGCGACGAUGAGUACACAUGGGGACCUGAUGCGGAGUUGAUUCCUGAGCUGGUUGAAUUGGCGAAAAAUAAUAGUCAAUUAGUAGCUAAAGAGUUGGAAAAUAAUCGUCAUCAUGAUAAAUCAUUGAUUUUGCUACAAAAGAUGUAUGUGUCGCCAUUAAGUCGAUCAGUUGAUACAUUGUAUUACACAUGGAGCCCUAUUGUCAAUUUACGCCAGUUGCGGCCGUAUAUUCAGGAAAAUUGGCGUGAGACAACUGGUGUACACACGUGCGAUAAACGGUCAACUAAAACCAUAAUUGCUAACAAGUACACCAAAUUGGGGUUUGUUAUUGAACCGGGAUUCACUGAACAAGAUGAAUUGUAUCGCGAUGAUUAUCGUGAACUGUUUGAUGAACAGGCGGCAAGGAUGAAUAUCGCACUUCAGCAGUUGUUCUCCGAGAAUCAUGGCAAUGGCGUUGACAUUGUGGGCAUUACUAGUCAUUCGGGUAGUAUCAAGACGCAGUUGAUGGUGUUGGGACACCGACCAUUUGCUGUGCAAACUGGUGGAAUGAUUCCUGUGUUUGUGAAAGCAGUUAGGCACAAGGGCGGUUCUUCAAGUGGAGCAAGUGAGGAGAAGUUGUAG